GCUGGCUGCUGACGGUAAACGCUAAAGCCACGAGCAGCGUGAUCCAAGCUGAGGGAAGCCGGAGGUGAGCGUACGGCGCUAUGUUUACUUCGUGAAAUAAGAAGAAGACGAAACAUACUUCUAGAAAAGGUACCAAAGGCACGCAGAAAUAGUUAGCUCCCUGGACGAGGUAAACAGGCGUUUGCGGUGAAGGUCGCCCAUUAAUAGAAGUGGAAUGGUGAGCAUAUGUUGGAGACCUCCUACGAGUCGACGCUGGAGACGUCGCUCUGCUGUUCCAGCCUCCCGGACGGCUUGCCGAGCGUCUCGUUCUUACAAGACGCAAGUGAAGCUCUUUCGGCGGCCGGAAACCAUGACGACCGCCACGUCCCCCAUCCUGCUGAAAUGGGACCCCAAGAGUCUGGAGAUUCGAACCCUGACCGUGGAGAGGCUUCUGGAACCGUUGGUCACCCAGGUGACCACACUGGUGAACACCAGCAACAAAGGUCCCUCCAGCAAGAAGAAAGGGCGCUCCAAGAAGGCCCAUGUGCUGGCUGUAUCCGUGGAGCAGGCCACGCAGAACUUCCUGGAGAAGGGGGAGCAGAUCGCCAAAGACAGCCAGGACCUGAAGGACGAGCUGAUCGCCGCCGUGGAGGACGUACGCAAGCAAGGUGACACCAUGCGUGUGGCGUCCUCGGAGUUUGCCGACGAUCCCUGCUCCUCGGUGAAGCGUGGCACCAUGGUGCGGGCCGCCCGUGCCCUCCUGUCCGCCGUCACGCGCCUGCUCAUCCUCGCCGACAUGGCCGACGUCAUGAGGCUGCUGGCCCACCUGAAGAUCGUAGAAGAGGCCCUGGAGGCGGUCAAAAGCGCCACCAACGAGCAGGACCUGGCGAACCGCUUCAAGGAGUUCGGGAGAGAGAUGGUGAAGCUGAACUACGUGGCGGCUCGCCGCCAGCAGGAGCUGAAGGACCCCCAGUGCCGUGACGAGAUGGCGGCAGCCCGUGGGGCCCUGAAGAAGAAUGCCACCAUGUUGUACACGGCGUCGCAGGCCUUCCUGCGGCACCCCGACGUGGCCGCCACCCGCGCCAACCGCGACUACGUCUUCAAGCAGGUGCAGGAAGCUUUGGGGGGCGUGGCUGGGGCAGCGCAGGCCGCCUCCCCCACUGACGAGAAGCAUGGCCACACCGGGAUCGGGGAGCUGGCGGCCGCCCUCAACGAAUUCGACAACAAGAUCAUCCUGGACCCGCUGACCUUCAGCGAGGCCCGGUUCCGCCCGUCGCUGGAGGAGCGCCUGGAGAGCAUCAUCAGCGGCGCCGCCCUCAUGGCCGACUCGUCCUGCACCCGCGACGACCGGCGCGAGCGCAUCGUGGCCGAGUGCAACGCGGUGCGGCAGGCACUGCAGGAUCUGCUCAGCGAGUACAUGAACAACACGGGCCGGAAGGAGAAGGGCGACCCUCUGAACACCGCCAUAGACAAGAUGACGAAGAAGACACGGGACCUUCGCAGACAGCUGCGGAAGGCGGUGAUGGAUCACAUCUCAGACUCCUUCCUGGAGACCAACGUUCCACUGCUGGUCCUCAUCGAGGCAGCCAAGAGUGGCAAUGAGAAGGAGGUCAAGGAGUAUGCGCAGGUGUUCCGCGAGCAUGCCAACAAGUUGGUGGAGGUAGCCAACCUCGCUUGCUCCAUCUCCAACAACGAGGAAGGUGUGAAGCUGGUCCGCAUGGCCGCCACCCAGAUCGACAGCCUGUGCCCCCAGGUCAUCAAUGCGGCGCUGACCUUGGCCGCACGGCCACAGAGCAAGGUGGCACAGGACAACAUGGACGUCUUCAAGGACCAAUGGGAGAAGCAGGUGCGCAUCCUGACCGAGGCUGUGGAUGACAUCACUUCCGUGGACGACUUCCUGUCCGUCUCAGAGAACCACAUCCUGGAGGACGUGAACAAGUGCGUCAUUGCUCUGCAGGAGGGUGACGUGGACACGCUGGACCGCACGGCCGGCGCCAUCCGCGGGCGCGCUGCCCGCGUCGUGCACAUCAUCAACGCCGAGAUGGAGAACUACGAGCCGGGCGUGUACACAGAACGCGUGCUCGAGUCACUCAAGCUGCUCUCAGAGACUGUGAUGCCCCGCUUCGCCGAACAGGUGGAGGUGGCGAUCGAGGCCCUGAGCACCAGCCCCCCGCAGCCAUUCGAAGAGAACGAGUUCAUCGACGCCUCCCGCCUGGUCUAUGAUGGCGUGCGCGACAUCAGGAAGGCCGUGCUCAUGAUUCGGACGCCGGAAGAGCUGGAGGACGACUCGGACUUUGAGCAGGAGGACUACGAUGCCCGGAGUCGUACCAGCAUCCAGACGGAGGACGAUCAGCUGAUCGCUGGGCAGAGUGCCAGAGCCAUCAUGGCCCAGCUGCCUCAGGAGGAGAAGGCCAAGAUCGCCGAACAGGUGGAGAGCUUCCGGCAAGAGAAAUGCAAGCUGGACGCCGAGGUAGCCAAAUGGGACGACAACGGCAACGACAUCAUCGUGCUAGCCAAGCAGAUGUGCAUGAUCAUGAUGGAGAUGACUGACUUCACCAGGGGCAAAGGUCCAUUGAAGAACUCCUCCGACGUAAUCAAUGCUGCCAAGAAGAUCGCAGAGGCCGGCUCCAGGAUGGACAAACUGGCCCGUGCCGUUGCUGACCAGUGCCCCGACUCGGCCUGUAAGCAAGACCUGCUGGCAUACCUGCAACGGAUUGCCCUCUACUGUCACCAGCUGAACAUCUGCAGCAAAGUGAAGGCCGAGGUGCAGAACCUCGGGGGAGAGCUCAUCGUCUCGGGGCUUGACAGCGCCACCUCCCUGAUCCAGGCCGCCAAGAACCUGAUGAACGCGGUGGUGCUGACCGUCAAGGCGUCCUAUGUGGCGUCGACCAAGUACCAGAAGGUGUACGGCACGGCUGCGGUCAACUCGCCCGUGGUGUCGUGGCGGAUGAAGGUGCCCGAGAAGAAGCCGCUGGUGAAGCGGGAGAAGCCCGAGGAGUGCCAGAUGCGGGUGCGCCGUGGCUCACAGAAGAAGCACAUCUCGCCUGUGCAGGCCCUGAGCGAGUUCAAGGCCAUGGACUCCUUCUAGACCCCCGCCACGCCGUACAGCCCCCCCCCCAUACUGCUCUCUCGGAUUCCUUCUGAUCUUUCCUUUCUGUUUUCUUUCGGGUCAUUUGUUGAUCGAGGUUCGGCAGUGAGGCCCCUCCGUGUCCGUGUAUCUCUACAAUAGCUAGCUAGGAUUGGGACGCCAGCGUCGAUGUGGGGAGUCCGGAUUGUGGGUGGGUGGGAGGGGGGGUUGAGUUUUGCCAUUAGUCAUGUUAGAUUGGCCCAGUGAACAGGCACCUGAUCACAGAAAACAGACAAGGAUGGAAAAAUGUGAUGUUCACUGGGAAAUCAAAACUGUCAGGUAUCUCUGAGCCUCGCUGAAUCUUGUGACAUAACAGUAACACGUAAAGUGAUCGACUAUAAUGAUAGUAAUAAUGAUUAUAAUAAUGAUUUGGCUGGAUGUGUGUAUGAAUGAUUUAAAAAUAUAUCAAAUUAACCAAAUGAAAACCUUGAUGUCAGCCAUUGCUGGUUUUAUGGAUGUUCUGUCAGCUUCUCCCCCAAUCCAUCUAACGAGGCCGCUUAGAUUUGUUCAGUAUCGGUAUUUUUUAAUUUGGUUGUUACUUGUAGUGAUACGAUGAUGUUCAUGGUUAAUAUACCCAGAACGUAACAUUAGCGUACGACUCAUUUCUUAUAACCCAUGUGGCCCAUAAAGCACAGGAUUCCAUCUACACCAUUUUUAAAAUGUAUUUAUUUAACUAUAAUGCCACUAACUGUUUCGGCCUGGUUGGACAUAGGGAUAGGAUGUUGUUUAAUUUAGAUGUGGAGAGGAUUCAGUGAAUUGCUUGGAGGUUAAUGCUUUCCAUGUUUUCAUAUUCUCAUGUUCUCCAUUCCCCAAUAAACUCUUCAACUCUA